AGGCAAGCGUCACUCGAAUCGAAAACUCCCAAGCUCCCAACUCCCAAGUACUUCGUAUUUUUAGCGGCUCAGUGUAUAAAGAUAAUUUAAAUUUAUUUUAUUUACAUUAAAGUAUCUUAUUUCUGAAGCAAAAAGCCACAGACAUAAUACUGUUAUUUACUUAGUGACUCGCAUUUCAACAUAGCUUGAUUAUACAAGUGGCAGAAUGUCGCUGGAAUUUCGCGUCAAGGAGGAGCCUCUUCAGGCGGAGGAGGAGGAGGCUGGGCAGAUCAAUGGUGGUGAUCCUGUGCAGAGAGGAGUGACGGUGUAUAUAAAGGAGGAGCCUCCGAGCUGGGAGAGUUGUGCCGCGGCGCUGACCCGCCCGCUCCACCACAUCAAGGAGGAGGUCGCCUGGACGGGAUCCACUGCGGACGCCACGGUCCCGCCAGAUGUCGCCACAGUUCGCGUCAAGCGAGAGAUCGAAGAAGAAGACGCGACCCGGGAGGAGGAGGAAGAGGGGGAGACCGUUUACGAGAUCACACUCGAGCUCGAGCGGAUUGACGACAAGGCGGAAUGCGAGCGCGGUGUACGGAAUACCAGCCCUAGUGCACAGGUCGCUGACCCUAGAGAGGGGGACCAACACGAGAGGGGGGAGGCGGGCACGAACACCGAAGUGCGUGACGACUCCGCCGCGGAGGCGACUGCCGAGCGCACCGAGCGACAACAGAAAAAAAGAAAAACUAAAGAAAACGGCGCCGCUUCGAAGAGCCGAAGAAAAAGGAGAACCGGACCUCACCUGUGUCACGUGUGUCACAAGGAGUUCACGAGAGCGAACAAGUUGCUGAUACACCAGCGCACACACACCGGGGAGAAGCCCUACCCCUGCACCGUGUGCGACAAGCGGUUCUCCUUCUCCAACGGCUUGAAGAUACACAUGAGGACGCACACCGGGGACAAACCAUACGUGUGCCGCACUUGUGACAGAAGUUUCGGACAGUGGAAUUCGUUGAAGGCGCACGAGCGGAUCCACACCGGUGAGAAACCUUAUGCGUGCGAUAUAUGUAAGAAAACGUUUACACAACGCAUCAACCUCAAAACACAUCAGCUUCGUUCACAUAAAAGUGAAGUAGUUCGUUUGCCUCGUGUGUAACAAAGAGUUCAAAGAUAUGAACCGAUUCAAUACAAUAUAAAUCAUUUGUUCGUGAUAAACAUUACAAAUAUUACGAUACAAAAUACAUUUAAUCAAUACAAUAUAAAAUUAUCGUUUACCACGAAACACAUAGAUGAAAAACUUUUUCCAUGUGGGAAAUGUAAAAACCUUUGCGACGGCGCGGAGCCCGAGGGAGAGGCAGCGCGACGCGCGCGAGGGAGAAAGCGAUGUUCUACGGACGAGUUGCGACAAGGGCUUAACUUAACGAACAUGAAGGAGAAACCAUUGUCUUGCUAAAUAUGUGAUUCACACACAUACACUGCUAUAUACC